AUUAAUGAAAAUACAGUCAUAGGUCGAAAGACAAAUUGGGUGGGCUUUUUGAUUGACAUACUUCUAAUCGAAUCAGAGUUUGAAGUGUAAGGCGAAAUUGGUAAGAAUGCAUAAAUGUGCUGCCAUAUAUCCAAUAGACGACAACGAAAGACGGUAGAAGGUGUGUCUACAAUGCUUAAUUGAGUAAUAAGAUUGCGAGUUUACGCCCGCAGUACGUAACUCCACCCCCGACUUCCAUUUCUGAACUGAGGACACAGCACUCGUGAAGAGAAUCUUUUAUGUUAUGUAUAUUUCUUAAUGUAAAUCAACUGUAACGUUAGGCUCUCCGCUGAAACGUCGAUACACACACACAACUGAAGUAGCCUUUGCAAUUGUAGUUGGUACCCGUUCGGACAGUGGCUAGAGUCGAAGCUGGCCUUUUAUUUCACGUUUUAACUUUGCUAAGCGGCGGUUUCCGCCGUUUUUUUUCUUUCGCCCCACUCACUCUCCCGCUGUGUGAGUAGGGGCCUGUAACGUUGGUUUAAGCCACGAGGCGCGUCGGAUAAACCGGAAUUGGGAGAUGGCGGAGUUCGGUAACGGAAUGGACUCAGGGAUGACGGAAGAAUCCCUGCUGGACUCAGACCCAGGGCACCCAGAACUAGAAGACCCGGGUGUUGGCGAUGAGGAACCUGGAUUAGAGGAGGGAGAGGCCGCGAUCGAGGACCCGGAGCUGGAGGCGAUCAAAGCUCGGGUGCGAGAGAUGGAGGAGGAAGCAGAAAAGCUGAAGGAGUUACAGAACGAGGUGGAGAAACAGAUGAAUCUUAGCCCUCCACCAGCCGGUCCCGUCAUCAUGUCCAUCGAGGAGAAAAUGGAAGCCGACGCGAGAUCUAUCUAUGUUGGAAACGUUGAUUACGGCGCCACGGCGGAGGAGCUAGAAGCCCACUUCCACGGUUGCGGCUCUGUCAACAGAGUCACCAUCCUGUGUGACAAGUUCACAGGGCAUCCCAAAGGGUUUGCCUAUAUCGAGUUUUCAGACAAGGAGUCUGUGAGGACGGCCAUGGCAUUGGACGAGUCUCUGUUCAGAGGAAGGCAGAUUAAGGUGGGUGUGAAGAGAACAAACAGGCCAGGUAUCAGCACCACAGACCGCGGGUUUCCUCGGGCCCGCUUCCGCUCACGAGGAGGGAACUUUAACCCGUCGCGCGCACGGUACUACAGUGGCUACACACCGCCCAGAGGCAGAGGACGGGCCUUCAGGGGCCGAGGGCGAACAACAUCGUGGUAUUCCCCUUACUAAUACCCCCAAACCCCCUUACUAUCACCUCCUUGUCCCCAUACAAAAAAAGAAUGAAAAAAGUCCCCCAAUAAAGGAAGGAACCCUGAGAAGAAAAAAGACAAAAAAAAGACAAAAAAAUAUCUAUAAAUAUAUCCUGGACAGACAAACUGGCCGCAGUGUGCGAUUGUGUGUGAGCGUGCGUGUGCGGAGUUGGUGCGGUCACCCUGGUAAGGUAUAUGAUGGCCCUUGGGGAGAUUUGGUGGCAUUUCUUAUGAGAAGAUGUUAUCUCAGGCUGCAGAUGUGUCUCCUUUGUCUGGGUGUGAGGGUCACAGCCAACACAGCCCCCAAAUGCUUACAUUCGAAAAGCAAACAUCGAGGAUAAGUCAAUCUUUUUUGCUUUUUUUUAUGUACCGUACAUGUGAAACUUCCAAUAGCAAAAAUGUUGUUUAUUUUUUAGGUUGUGAUAUUGGAGUUCUUAAAUUCCCUUGUCUCUCUGUUCUCUGACCAGUUGCCACUUACCCUGCCCCAUCCUUUAACACAUCACUUUUGUUACCAUCUCCCUUUGGUUCCAUCCCAUGCUCUCUUGUUUUCAGUAUCUUCCAGCAUUUGGUCAUUCUGACAGCGAUUGCCUUUCAGUGGGUAAAUAAAUAAAUGUAAUCUCCUUUUAGCCCAUGGCAUUCACCCCAAGAAAGCAUGGCCAGAGCUCUGCCAACUUUA